UUUUUAAACAGGCCAAUGAACGGAGGCGGCUGGAUGCUUUCGCUCGAACAGCCCAAUCAGGAGGCUUUGUUGCAGGAAUUUAAAGGUCUGUGCGGCACUGUCUAUGUGCCACAGCCUUUGUGCGAGGAUCAGAAGUAAUAAGUUACCACAACACUUCCCUCUCUUGCUGCUGCUAAGCUUCCCUGACACUUGAAAAUGUCUGAGAACGUUGCACGUCUGAACAAGUUCAAGAACAAAGGCAAAGACGCAAAUGAACUUCGACGUAGGAGAGUGGAGGUGAACGUCGAGCUCCGCAAGGCGAAGAAAGAUGAUCAGAUCUUCAAAAGAAGAAAUGUGUCUGCAUUUCCUGAAGACGAGGCGACUUCACCUCUUCAGGAAAGAACCCAGAACUGUCAGGCCUUCAGACAGUGGACCGUUGAGGAGAUUGUCACAGGAGUGAACAGCGGUAAUGUUGAGUCUCAGCUCCAGGCUACACAGGCUGCACGGAAGCUACUGUCUCGUGACAAGCAUCCUCCCAUUGACCAGUUGAUCAGCGCUGGUCUGAUCCCCAAGUUCGUCGCCUUCCUGGGGCUGAUGGACUGUCCCCCAAUCCAGUUUGAGGCUUCCUGGGCUCUGACCAACAUUGCCUCUGGCACAACUGACCAGACAGCAGCUGUUGUUGCGGGUGGGGCCAUUCCUGCCUUCAUUAGCCUGGUCACAUCCCCCCACCAGCACAUCAGUGAGCAAGCAGUCUGGGCCCUUGGAAACAUUGCUGGUGAUGGAUCAGCUCUUAGAGACAAGGUCAUAAAGCAUGGUGCUGUGGCCCCUCUACUCAGUCUGCUGGCAGUCCCUGACCUUUCAGUAUUUAAUACCGGCUACCUGAGAAAUGUUACAUGGACGCUGUCAAACCUCUGCCGCAACAAGAACCCCUCCCCUCCUAUGGCUGCAGUCCAACAGAUCUUACCUGCUCUCAUUCGUCUUCUACACUGUGAUGACCGGGAGGUGUUGGCUGACGCAUGUUGGGCUGUUUCAUACCUGACAGAUGGCCCUAAUGACCGCAUUGAAGUGGUGGUCAACACUGGCUUGAUUCCUCGCCUGGUGAAGCUGCUUGGCUUUGAGGAGCUGCCUGUCGUUACCCCUGCGCUGCGUGCCAUCGGCAACAUUGUGACCGGUACAGAUGAGCAGACUCAGGCUGUACUGGAUUCUGGGGCCCUGAACAUGUUCCACCAGCUGCUGCGCCACAAAAAAGCCAACAUCCAGAAGGAGGCGGCCUGGACGCUGUCCAACAUCACAGCAGGGAAGGACGGCCAAAUCCAGGAGGUCAUCAACGCAGGCCUUGUUCCAUACUUGGUUGAUAUGCUUGUGCGGGGUGACUACAAAACCCAGAAAGAGGCUGUGUGGGCGGUUACUAACUUCACCAGUGGGGGCACUAUUGAGCAGGUGGUUUACCUCGUUCAAGCCAAUGUGAUUGAGCCUCUUCUGAAUCUACUCUCCUCUAAGGACAGCAAAACUGUCCUUGUCAUUUUGGAUGCCAUUACCAAUAUCUUCAUGGCUGGGGAUAAAAUUGGGGAGGCAGAUAAGCUAAGCCUAAUGGUUGAAGAAUGUGGUGGACUGGACAAGAUCGAGGCUCUGCAGGCUCAUGAGAAUGAGAUGAUCUACAAAGCAGCCCUCAACUUGAUUGAGAAAUACUUCUCUGAAGAGGAGGAGGAGGUGCAGUGUGUGGCCCCAGAAGCAACUGAUGAUGGUUAUGCGUUCCAAAUCAGUGACAACCAGAGCACUUUCAGUUUCUAGAAAACUUCUACCUCUACUCUCAACUGUACUGUACCUUCACUGUUUGUCCUUUGUUCGUGUAAUUGUGACUUUCUUUGUAUGUAUUGUACAUACUGUUUUAACAUAACUGAUAAAACAUGAUUGUAAAUAAAAUUGUCAGAUCGUG